AUGGCAAUUUUUGACUCUGAAAAGCGUCCGCGGGGACUCCGUGUGCCGUCCUUGACUGCCAUGAAAAUGGGCUCGGCCGCCACAAAGUCCCAAUUAUUUUCUCACAGCAAGAAAUCCCACGAUACGUCUGCAACUGCGACCUCGCCGCCAACUAGUGUGACUUCACCUCUUUCAGUCUCUCCAGCAGACCUAUAUAGCAAGGUGCCUCCACCUCCCCCGACAAAGGAGCUGCCGCCCACACCAAGGGAAGACUUGCCGCAACCGGCGCAUCCGGCGCAACCUGUACAGCCUCUGCAAUCUGUGCAGCCAGUGAAGUCAGCUAGAACUCAGCUUCCUUCUACACCUUCAACCGUGAUGCCAGCGCGGAGAGAAGUGCUCCGAAAACCACCGCCUAACGGCGUGGUCCCCAUGGCCGGAGCAAAUAAAAAUGGGUUGCGACAAGCUUCUCAACAAUCUCCAUCCGAGCAGCCGCAGCAUCAGCCACAGUUCUCUUUGCCCUCGAAUGCGCCAUUGCAAACGCAACCGAUGCCUUCCCAUCCUGCAUAUAAUGCGCCGCACCCAUCGCAACGGUCGGCGCAGCAGCCACAGCCACCACAAGCACAGGCCUCCGCACCAACACAACAAUACCAUGCGCAGUCUAUGCCUGCGCCCCAUUCGAACUAUACAGCUUCAGGACCGGUCACUCACCAGCCUCGAGCUGCACAACCGCCGGUCCAGGCUUCUCAAGGUCCAGUCCCACCACCAGAGACCAUUGUGCCAGCAACAUCUCCUGCCGACGGCAACACCACCUCUGCUUCACCGAGCAAUGUGAUGACUCCCCCAGAAGAACGCAUUCAUACACCCGAAGAGGGAAGUGCCUCCUUGGACCCCACUUCCAGCGAUGAUCAAACCUCCUUGUCCACCCCAUCAGACGACCUCGAUAUCCUUCCCGCUACUCUAGGCAAGGUCCACUAUAACUGUUUCCAGGAGCAUCGCAAUAUGCCUGUGGCCCAAAAUUCAUGGUGUCCGGUACCAUGCAUGACUUGUCAUAAAGUCGAUCGGCAGAUUCGCCAUCGGUGCGUCUUUUGCUGUUUGCGGAUUUGCGAGGGAUGCCACGUGACGCUGCAGAAAUGCAGGGGGAGGUCGUUGGCGGAGCUGAUGAGCAAAGUCAACUAA